CGUUUGAAGGGCAGGCCGUGCGUGUCUGGCUGACCAGGUCAAAGAAAGCUGUUAUCCAUGGAACUUCAACACUUGAAUAUCAGUGGAACAAGUGGUAACAGUAACAAAACAGAAGACAGUGGAACAUGUCAAUGCAUGAGGUUUCUCCAUCGGAGGUGUUUUGUGCUUCUCCUGGCUGUGGGGAUCCUGGUGAUCUUCUACGUAACCACCCUCUUCACUGUUCAUAUAAGCCAGACCCCACUCUGGCUGCUAGGAGGCCAGGAUCUAACUCCUCUCUCUUAUAUCAAUGGAAAUGAGGGGGAGUUUUUUCCACCAUACAAUGUAGCAUACCCACAGAAAUAUAAGUUUGUCCUGGAUGAGCCUCAUGAGUGCCAGGACCGCAGCCCCUUCCUGCUUCUGAUGGUGCCAGUAGCUCCUGGUAAUCUGGUAGCCCGGGAGGAUAUCCGGAAGACUUGGGGUAAGGAGAGCCUGGUUCUGGGACGGGCUGUGCGUCUGUUCUUCCUUUUGGGCCUGCCCAGUGGAGCGGAGGCAGAGAGGAUGCAGGAGGAGGUGCUGCUUGAGAACCAGCAGUACCAUGACAUGCUGCAGAGUGACUUCCAGGACAGCUACUUCAACCUGACCAUCAAGACCAUGGUGAUGCUGGAGUGGCUGGCCUCUCGCUGCCCCGGCGCCUCCUUCGCCAUGAAGAUCGACUCUGACAUGUUCCUCAAUGUGCACAACCUGGUCAACAUGCUGAUAGACCCAACUACACCAAAGCACAACUACAUCACUGGGAAGUUCAGCCAAAACACACAAGUGGUGAGAGACCGCACCUCAAAGUGGUACAUUCCCAAUAAGGUUUACCCCAGUACCAAAUUCCCUCCCUACCUUUUGGGAAAUGGUUAUGUCUUUUCCAUAGAUCUUCCUGAGAAGAUAGUGGAAGCAUCCAAACAAGUCCGUGCCAUAUUUUUAGAGGAUGCCUACCUGGGUAUGUGUCUGAGCCAUUUAGGGAUUGCAGCCAGUUACCCACCUAACUCUUCCCUCUUCAAGCUUUCCAUGCCCUACACUCAUAAUCGCUGUUACUACUCUACUGUCAUCACUACCGAAAUGGACCAUGUGAGUGACCUGCUGCGAGUCUGGGAGGACUUACAGAGACCUGGCACCCCCUGCUAAGGACAAUGAAUACCUCUUAAAGCUUUGAAUCCUUACCCUGAUAAGGACAAUGAAUACCUCUUAAAGCUUUGAAUCCUUACCCUGCUAAGGACAAUGAAUACCUCUUAAAGCUUUGAAUCCUAAUAAGUAUUAAACACACUAUGUAAGCACAUGCAUACAAGUACAAAACAAAUAGGUAGGCACACGCACACACACGCACACACACAGGCAUCAUGGUAUCAUAGUAUAAUUCACUCACUCUCAAACAGCUUUUUCAUGUCAUUCUAAAUUAGUAACAUGUUAUUACAUAGUAAUUACCACAUGAUAUGACCAGAUAAUGUUGUUACAAUAACAGCAUUACUACACAAGUAGAGCUACGUAUUGUGUAGUGUUACUGCUCGGUCUUGUAAGUAUAAUUUCCCAUGACUGUCUUAAAUUCAAAUGGCAACGUGGGAUCUUGUGUGUAUCUAUGAAGUAAGUAUCAAAUGAUGUUCUAAGAUCUUCAAAGACAAGCAUGAUCUGUGUGUAUCACAUUAUCCCAUGUGACAGUCUCAAUUUCUGUACAGUGCUGUUACACACCAGCCUUUUUCUACUGCAUAAGAUUUUCACUGUCACUAGAUGGCAGCAGUGAAUUUGACUUAAACAUUUGUCUUGCCUGCUAUUGUUUUGGUUGCUUGUGAUUUGUACACUCAGUUGAUGCCUACUUAAGAUUGAUAUUGU